CUAGACAAUAAGAUGGAUGCCCUUGUGAUGAAGGGUAAGCCUGAGAAGACCGUUCCAGAGGAGGCAGUGUGCAGCAUCUGUCUCAACUACUUCAAAGACCCUGUGACCAUCCACUGUGGGCACAACUUCUGCCGAGGGUGUAUAACUCAGGUGUGGUGUGUGAGCGAUGAGAACAAGGAUGAACUAGAAACAGAGCUAGAGGAGGAGAAAAAGGAUGAAGAAGAAGAGGACAAGGAAGAGGCUGUGGGAGCCUGUGCAGGGUUGGAAACCCGGAAUCAGGGAAAAUUAUCUGCGAGUGGAUUGGAGGAAAAUGCUAAAGGGACCAGUACCUAUGGCACAUCCACCUGGGACAGCAUAGAUGAUUUAUUGGCGGAUGUCGAAAAAGAUGACGAAGAUCAUGUGGGGGCCAGUCCUUGGUGGAAAACCAGAAGUGAGGGAGAAGUAUUUGAUAGUGACUUGGAGGACUUUGAGCACAACAGUGGCAAUAGCCAGUCCAGCUGGGACAGCUUAGAUUACCUGUUGGAAGAUGAAGAUGAAGAACAAGCUGUGGGGUCCAGUACAGGAUUGGAAACCACGAAUCAGAAAGAAUUAUCUGAGAGUGGCUUGGAGGAUGAAUCUGAGGAGACCAGUGACAAUAGUGAGUCCAUCAGGGACAGCAUAGAUGACCUGUGGGAGGAAGAGGAAGAUGAGGAAAAUAUGGAAUUGGAAGAGAUACAGCAGGGCUCCAGGAAGGUGGAUGAGGAGAAAAUCCUGCGGGAGGAAGAGGAGCAGAAGGACGAAGAGGAGGCAGAGGAGGAAGAAAAGGAAGAGCACCUGGCCCCUGGCCACCCAGUACCUGCCCAUUCAGUGCCUCAGAGGCUGUUCACCUGCCCUCAGUGCCGAAAGAGAUUUUGUCAGUCCAGCUUCCGCCCCAACGUGGAGCUCGCCAAUAUGGUGCAGGUGAUUCGGCAGAUGCAGCCAACCUCUGAGCAUGGGAGGCCUGUAAAUGAGAGCAUGUGUCCUAAGCACCAGGAAGCCCUGAAGCUCUUCUGCACCGUAGAUGAAGAGGCCAUCUGUGUGGUGUGCCGCGCAUCUCGGGGCCACAGAAAGCACAGUGUGGUGCCACUGGAGGAGGUGGUGCAGGCAUACAAAGCCCAAUUGCAGGAGCAGCUGGAACCCCUUAGGAGGCACCUGGAAGCUGUGCAGAACCUGAAGGCCAGGAAGGAGCGGCGUGUCAUAGAGGUUAUGAGCCUGAUGAAUGCACAGGUGGCACAUGUGUCCUCGGAGUUUGGGCAUCUGUCUGGCUGUUUAUCCCAAGAGCAGGCUGAAUUGGAGAUAGGGCAGGCACAGGUGGAAGCCGAGCACCUGUCAGAGCUGUCCAUCAAGUUGAGCUACCUGCUGGCUGAGGCCCAGGAGCGGAGCCAUCAGGAUAGCCUAUGGCUGCUUCAGGAGACUCUCAGAAAGUUUAAAGAGAUAUGGGAACAGAUCCCACAUUUCAGCACCUCUGUCCUGAGCAAUCCUGAUAGUGAUGGCUGCAUUACAGAUGCCAUCGUGAGGAAAAUGAGCCAGAUGUUCUCUGAAGGUGCAGGGAGGAACGAGACACCAGAUCUUGGCACAGCUCCCCAGGCCCCACACCAGGCUGAUGAUUGCCAUGACCCACCCGGUGGACAGGCCACAGGAGGUUACUGA